AGAUGGGUAGGGUUAUUCGAAGCCAGCGUAAGGGUGCCGGAGGUGUUUUCAAAGCGCAUACCAAACAUCGUAAAGGAGCUGCUAGGUUGCGUCCAAAUGAUUUCGCUGAACGACAUGGUUAUAUUCGCGGUGUCGUUAAAGAAAUAAUUCAUGAUCCGGGUCGUGGCGCUCCGUUAGCCAAAGUGUCCUUCAGAGAUGUAUAUUCAUACAAGUUGAUCAAGCAAACAUUUAUCGCGGCGGAAGGCUUGCAUACUGGACAGUUCGUGUACUGUGGUAAAAAAGCCAAACUUCAGGUAGGGUUGUUGUAUUUUACUAUUAACAUCAGAUUGGCAACAUCCUCCCAAUAGGUGCAAUGCCUGAAGGAACCGUGGUUUGCAAUCUGGAGGAGAAGUGUGGUGAUCGUGGGAGGUUAGCUCGUGCAAGUGGGAAUUAUGCCACUGUUGUCGCUCACAAUCCCGACACUAAACGAACUCGUGUCAAACUACCAUCAGGUGCAAAAAAAGUUUUGCCAUCGACUUGCCGUGCCAUGGUAGGUCUUGUUGCUGGCGGUGGUCGGGUAGACAAGCCCAUUUUAAAAGCAGGUCGAGCCUAUCAUAAGUAUAAAGCUAAAAGGCAUUGUUGGCCCACAGUCAGAGGUGUUGCCAUGAACGUAAGUUUCUUUAGUAAUAUCGCAACCUUGAUAAUUGUGUUUAUGCUCGAAACAUCCUCAGGUUUUGCUCCUAGAUUUUGUGACGCUACAUUGACGUCAGAUUUCAAGUCCGGGCAAUUAAGAUCGACAUGCUUAAAGUACAGUCGCCAUAAAUGUCAAUUCUCGCUUGGUUAGCUUUUUCCACAACUUUGUUUAACAGUAGAAACUGAGCGUCUAUAUUGUGCCUCUAAUUAGUGUUGGUGCAUGCCGAUGAAUUAUUCUGUUUGAUAAACUUGUGGACAAACUCGGACACUAGUCAAUAAUCUUGAUAUCUACGUACAAUUAUCCCACUUUGGUGUUUCUAUAUAUUUGAAU